AUGGCUGUGCAGCCCACGUACUGGGACGAAGUCCAAGUCGUCCUCAAGGCUGCAGACCCAAAGUUAAGGGCCAAAUUUAGCGAUCGCUACAUCUUCCUUACCAAGGACAACCCGAAGGUUAUGAUAGGUCGCAGCACGAAGCGAGACACCAGACUGGCUGCUGGUGCCAAAAAUGGCUGGUUUGACUCUGCUGUUAUGUCAAGAAACCAUGCCAGACUCAUUUACCUUCCGGCUACUAAAACUGUUGCCCUCGUGGACGCUGGAUCUCUGCACGGGACAUACGUAAACGACAAGCGAGUUAACGUUCACCAAUUCCGACAACUCUAUCAAAACGAUACGAUUCGAUUUGGUAUUGCCAUCAGCAAGGGAUCAGAGACCUUCCCGCCAUGUGAGAUGAAGGUAACGCUUAACCACGGCUCACGAAAUCCGGAAGAGCGGCCUGUUGUGUUCAAGGUUCCCGAUUCCUCUGACGGAGAGGACGACAUCAGUGAUAUCGACGACGCUAUUGAAACCAGCGUGUCUCUUAUACAGAAAUCGGGCAUGGCCAUCGAGAAAACCCAAGUCCUCAAUGCUAUUGACCUUACAGGCGAGGAAGCCUUCGAUGGUUCAGAUGCGGAUCCCGAUGUAACUGUUGAAGUACUUGAAGUUUUAACUCCGGGUGAUAAAGAGUCGGAAGAUAUCGAAAAUAGGCAGCUCCCUGUUUGCUACUCUGUGGAAGUGGAAGAAGUCGAGGAGAACGACGCAUCAUUUAGUCCACCGGAAUUUACAUCGUCUAUCUCCGAGUCCGACGAAAAGGACUUAGCCGAUAGCAUUGGGGACGACGAGAGCAGUGGUAUGGAAUGGGAUCAACAAGAUGGAGAUUGCUAUUCGAACGGCAUUGCAGGUAAUGUGCCGCCUAACGACCAGAAUUCAUCCGACCAGGAUUGCAACACUCUUCCUCCACUGGUUCUCAGUCAACCUGCACAGCCUGACAAUGCUCGGCGCCUGCCGUCGAAUUUGCAUUCGAUUCCGAUUCCUUCGUCUUCACGUCAGACAUCGGAUUUUAAUGAGGUGAUCUCUACUGAAUCACUGGGAGCGAAGUCUGGCAAGGCUGAAUUCUUCCAAGCCCGGGAAUACAACCGUCGAGUCUGUUUUGGUUCAGAAAGAGACAUGGAAGACAGCCAGGAAGACCAUUUUGAAGAAUUAGAAAUGGAUAUGGAGAACUCGAUAUCAUACGCCAACCAAGACAGCUUAUUCAGUGUCGCUUUGCCAGGCAACUGCACAAACAAUUCAGCUUCAGCAGCACUAUUGGCUGCUGGAGAGCAAUUCCUCCAAACACCCGUUGGCGAGCUCCCGGAAGAGCAGUCCGGCGAUGAUUGCCUAGAUGACACCUCCGCGUACACCUAUGAGAUGAGCAAAAGAGUCGCAGAGGCAAAGAUUCAGGCCGCACAACCGCGGGUGACAGUAGACGUUGCCACUUGUGUGAGGGGAGGGGUGGACGUCUCCGACCUCGCUGAAGAACAUCCCGAUGGCGCAUCUGCCGCCAACCCUGUUCCCCCUAAACGAAAGGCCGAUGAAAUUUCUGAGAUAUUGUCAGAGGAGAUGUCUCAGCUGCCUUCUCAAGAGAUUAUUCCAGGCUCCUCGCAGACCGUCCCGGAAUCCAACUCGGCGCGGCCAGAAUCCACAACUCAUAACCCAACGCCAUGUGUCGAGGGGAUGCAAACUAGGCAUUCGGUGACCAAUCCCGUUGACGAGCGUCCUGUGAAAAGGCUCCGACGCGUCGCCGAGGUCGUCGGGUAUGCAGCUUUAGGCGGCGUCGCCGUCAUGUCUGCCCUGAUUGCUACAGCGCCCGCACUGUAG